GACAUCAGCAUCAUCUUGUUUCUCUCGAGCAGUUAGAGAAAACAAAUCAGAAUAUCUUAUUUGGUGCUCGACAGCUUCUAAAUCUGUUACUGGCUCAUAUUCCAACUAGUUGAUCACUUAUCCACUUUAUUGGAUAGCUAUACCGAGCUCUACUAAGCUCUUAACAAGCUCCAUCUCAAGAACGCUUCAUUACUACUUACUACCACCCACAGUGGCUUUCGGUCGCUUUUUCAAAAGAGCCUUCAGCAUGGCCUGGUUCUGUUCCGGCACGAACAACACGGAGCUCAUUGAGAAUCUCUGGAGCGCAGGUCUCAUCAAGAAUAAACGAGUAAAGAAGGCUAUGCUUGGUGUUGAUCGAGAUCAUUAUGCCCCAUCAAGCCCAUACUCCGACUCCCCGCAACCCAUCGGAUAUGGCGCAACCAUCUCAGCACCACAUAUGCACGGCCACGCCUGCGAAUAUCUAAUUGACUUCCUCCACCCAGGCUCACGCGUGCUAGACAUAGGCUCUGGAUCAGGUUAUCUGACGCACGUAAUCGCCAACCUAAUAACAGACCCCUCUUCACCCCCAACAGAUGCAGAUGGGCACGUAAUCGGAAUCGAACAUAUCCAAGAACUAGUCGACCUCGCCCGGGAAAAUAUGGGCAAAUCCGAGGAUGGACGCAACUUUCUAAAGUCGGGCAAAGUGCAAUUUGUCUGCGGUGAUGGGAGAAGAGGUUGGCCGGAAGGGGGCCCAUAUGAUGCUAUUCAUGUAGGCGCUGCGGCGGUGGAGCUUCAUGCUCCUCUUAUUGAGCAGUUGAAAGCACCUGGAAGAAUGUUUAUCCCUGUUGAGUCGGAGGAAGGGGAAGAUGGGUUAAGUCAUGUGGGUUUGGGUGGUGGACAGUAUAUUUGGGUUGUGGAUAAGAAAGCUGAUGGGACGGUGGUGAAGGAGAAGGUCUUUGGUGUUAGUUAUGUGCCUUUGACAGAUGCGCCAAAGUAGCUUCGUAGUUUGUUAUAUCUUCAGAGGAUUUGAAUUAUCAGAAUGUGAUGCCAUAUUCAAAAGGAUAUAUUGAAUUGUCUUGACAAUAAAAUACAUGGAGUAUUCUAAAAUGGGAAGCCUCCUGGAAACCCCCCCGGAAAGCCGUUGAAUUUGAACUGAGCUCCUCCACCGCUACCACCCUGUUGGAAGAAGAAUUGCUGACCACUUCCUCCUCGUCCCCCAGCGAACGGAUGUCCCUGGAAAGGAGCCCCUCGUCCCGACUCUGGAUCAUUAGGAUCAUCACCAUUAUCAAACCGAGCUCUCAACUCGGGGUCCGAAAGAACUUCAUAAGCUUCAUUAAUUGCAGCCAUCUUCUUCUCUGCUUCCUCCUUGGUUACACCCUGCGACAUGGCCUUAUCCGGAUGAUGCUGUUUAGUGAGUUGUCGAUAUGCUCGUUUUAUUGUUCGGUCGUCUGCAUCACGACUGACACCAAGUACCUUGUAGUAGUCCUUUUGUUUGGAUCGUUUGAGUAGGACUUGAGCCUUUUGAAGAAGCUCUUGGACUUCUCGGGAGCCUUGGUGGUGUUCCUUGGCAGUAUUUAGGGUGUUGAUUGCCCGUUCAAAUUCGUCUUCGUCAAUUAGGGUUUGAGCCUGGUAUAAAAGACCAUGCAACGAGUGUGGUUUGAGUUUUAGGAUAUCAGCACAGUAGGUCUUUGCUUUUUUCGAGUUCAU